UGUAGCCUACUAGCCAGGAGAGACACAUAUACUCUCAAACACAUUGAACCAUGGGAUCUGUUUUGCAGUCAUUUCAAUGGCUUUCUUUCUUUAUCUUUCUAUUCAUCUCAGUUAAUGUUUCUGCUUUCAAAAUUCCAAGGUUAGGAACAUGGAGUAAAACCAUGGAACGUGACCCCCAAAUGAUGAGGCCUUCCUCGCACAUGGAUGAUGAUGAUGACCUCAAAACAUUUUAUUAUACCCAAAGACUGGAUCACUUCAACUACAGGCCUGACAGCUACACCACUUUCCAACAAAGAUACAUGAUCAAUUUCAAGUACUGGGGUGGAGCUAAAUCAAGUGCACCCAUUUUUGCAUUCUUUGGUGCUGAAGGACCUGUGGAUGUUGAUAUACGCUUCGUGGGGUUUCUCAGAGAUAAUGCUCCUCAUUUCAAUGCUCUUAUUGUUUAUAUUGAGCAUAGAUACUAUGGGAAAUCAAUACCAUUUGGGUCAAGGGAAGAAUCUAUGAGAAAUGCAAGUACUCGAGGCUACUUCAACUCAGCCCAAGCAAUAGCAGACUAUGCUGCUAUACUUCUACACAUCAAGAAAACUUUGUCUGCUCAGAAUUGCCCCAUAAUCGUUAUUGGAGGCUCUUAUGGUGGAAUGCUUGCCUCAUGGUUUCGCCUAAAGUAUCCCCACAUUGCUCUCGGUGCUCUUGCUUCAUCAGCACCAAUUCUUUACUUCAAUGGCACUGCCCCACAAGCCGGAUACUACUAUAUUGUCACCAAGGAUUUCAAAGAAACUAGUGAGAACUGUUACCAAACUAUCCGUAAAUCAUGGUCUGAAAUUGACCGAGUGGCUAAGAAGCCUAAUGGUCUUUCAAUUCUCAGCAAGAGAUUUAAAACUUGCGACAAAUUGAACAAAAGUUUUGAGCUCAAGGACUACCUAGAUUCGUUAUAUACUGACGCAGCUCAAUACAAUUACCCUCCUGAGUACCCAGUUACGGUCAUAUGCGCAGCAAUUGAUGCGGCAGCUAAGAAAACCGAUAUUCUUGGCCAAAUAUUUGAAGGUGUUGUUGCUUAUAUGAAACAUCGUUCAUGUUAUGACAUGAAUGAAUAUAAUCAUCCAACUGAAACUUACAUAGGUUGGAGAUGGCAGACAUGCAGCGAGAUUGUUAUGCCAAUAGGUCAUGAUAGGAACGACUCAAUGUUCCCACCAGCACCUUUCAACAUGAAGAGAUUUGUUCAUCAGUGUAGGAACUUAUAUGGCGUCCUUCCCCAGCCUCAUUGGGUCACCACAUAUUAUGGGGGUCCUGAUUUGAAACUGAUUCUCCAUAGGUUUGCUAGCAACAUCAUAUUCUCCAAUGGGUUGCGAGAUCCGUACAGCUCUGGCGGGGUGUUGGAGAGUAUCUCAAAUAGUGUCAUUGCCGUUACCACUGUAAAUGGGUGUCAUUGCCUGGACAUACUUUCAAGAAAUCCAAAGGAUCCUGAAUGGUUAGUGACGCAGAGAAAUAGUGAGGUGAAGAUAAUCAAAGGGUGGAUUGCAGAGUACCAAGCUGAUCUAAUAGCACUAAAUAAACAAAUUAAAGGGGAAGCACCAUAGUACCCCAAAUUAAGUUAAUUGGUCCCCCAAGAUAAUGAAGCGAUCAUAAUCAUAGUGUUCCAUUAAAAAGUAGUAACCAAGAUUGUGCUACUAAAGUUGAACCCAACAAAGUUUGUCCUCUAAUAUUUAGUGUUCAUAUGUAUAAUAUAUAUGAAUAAAGUAUAAAUACAUAA